AUGACGUCUAAAGUAGAUAGUCCUCCAACCUAUGAAGAUGCACUGCAACAUCCCAAGUUUGAGCCCAACCAACCUCAGCAUGGGUCAGCUGAGCCGCUGCCUCCAUCCUACAGUGCUGGUCCUGGCAUGUACUCCAGCAGCCCUCCAAGUUACUGGGCACAGGCUGGCAUGUGGUCAGCGCCUGACCUCUCUCUAUCUGGAAUGCCCACCACAAUAAAUACUCUGUCUGCCGGGGUGCCAGCAACAAACCCAAGAGAAAUGGAGAGUUUUCUGAACUCGCAGUGGGAGAGUACAUCCGUUCGACAUGCUUUCAUCAGAAAGGUGUAUUUAAUUUUAGCUGCUCAGCUCACUGUCACCUUUUCGGUUGUGGCAGUCUUUACAUUUGUUGAUCCAGUGAAGAUGUUUGUUAUCAGGUAUCCUGGAAUCUAUUGGGCAUCCCUUGUGGUUUAUUUCAUGGUUUACUGCAUUCUCCUCUGCUGUAAAGAGCCAAGGAGGCGUUUUCCAUGGAAUCUGGUGCUGCUGGGAGUAUUUACUGUUGCCCUGUCUUACAUGUCUGGAACAAUUUCAAGCUAUUAUGAAACAAAAGCGGUCUUUCUGGCCAUGGGAAUAACAGCUGUAGUUUGUAUAACUGUCACAGUCUUCUGCUUUCAAACCAAGGUUGACUUCACUUCCUGCGGGGGAUUUCUCAGUAUUGCCGCCAUUCUGCUCGCCAUCAUCGGGGCAGUAACAGCCAUCGUGCUCUUCUUCCACUACGUGCCUUGGCUUCAUAUGCUUUAUGCUGCCAUUGGAGCCAUUAUUUACACAUUGUUUUUAGUAUACAACACACAACUUCUCAUCGGAAACCGGGAGUUGGCGAUAAGCCCAGAAGAGUAUGUUUAUGGAGCUCUGUCUCUCUACAUUGACAUUGUUCACAUCUUCCUCUUCAUCCUCCAAAUCAGUGGUUCUGCAACCGAAUAA